AUGUCGGUUCUUUUGGAAACAAGCGAGGGUGACAUUGUCAUCGACCUUCUCGUCGACCAUGCGCCGAAGCUAUGUGAAAACUUCCUGAAGCUCUGCAAGGUCAAAUACUAUAAUUUCUCCCCCGUACACUCGGUACAAAAGGACUUUUCCUUUCAGACGGGCGAUCCUCUCGGGCCCCUGGCGAAAGAAUCCGAUGGCGGUAGUUCGAUAUGGGGUCUCACAUCGGGUGACCCUUCACAACGGACGUUUCCGGCCUUGUUCCAUCCGAAGCUGAAGCACCUCGAACGCGGGACCGUCAGCAUGGCGACAGUGCCUCUUCUAUCGGACCCUGAUACACGCAUGGCCGGAUCACAAUUUAUAAUAACGCUGGGCGAGGAGACAGACUACCUUGACGGCAAGGCAGCCAUCUUCGGCAAGGUGGUGGAAGGUUUCGACGUGCUGGAGAAGAUCAACGUUGCGGUGGUGGACGACAAGGGAUACCCGCUCAUCGACAUUCGAAUAAAGCAUACUGUCGUGUUGGAUGACCCAUACCCGGACCCCAGCGGACUGCGCGAACCCAGUGCUUCCCCGGCCCCGACGGAACAGCAGCUCAAGACGGUGCGCAUAGCCGACGAGGCGGCGCUGCACGCCGAUGAUGCCGUGCCAGAGGAGGAACUAGAGAAGCGCAGGCGCGACAGGGAGGCCAAGGCGCAGGCUUUGACGCUCGAGAUGAUGGGCGACCUUCCCUUUGCUGAGGUGAAGCCGCCGGAGAACGUGCUCUUCGUAUGCAAGCUCAACCCGGUUACGGGUGACGAGGACUUGGAGCUCAUCUUUGGCCGGUUCGGCAAGAUCCUUAGCUGCGAGGUUAUCCGUGACCACAAGACGGGCGACAGUCUGCAAUACGCCUUCAUCGAGUACGAGGAUAAGGCGUCUUGCGAGGCCGCCUACUUCAAGAUGCAGGAUGUGCUUAUCGAUGACCGGCGUAUCCACGUUGACUUCUCGCAGAGUGUGAGCAAGCUGAGCGACGUGUGGAGGAACGAUACGAAUGCUAAGCGCAAGAACAAUGCGCGCGGUGGAGGAUGGGGCGGUGUCAAGGAGCUCGAAAAGCGGAGGCAGUACAGGGAUGAGGGGGAGAGGACGUCGGGUAAGUCGUAUGGUAUGAUCUACGGUGAUGAGGAGAUGAAGGGGAGGCACGACAAGAGGAGGGCUGGGCAGCCGCGCGGGGAGGGAGAAGACAAGAUACCCCGUACUGAGGAGCGUCGUCCCUCUGAACGUCAUACCUCUGAGCGCCGUAACUACAACAAUGACAGGCGAGGAGGAAGAGGGAGUGACACAAGACGUCGCAGUCGCAGCCCGCACCAUCGCAGACAAGAUGGGGGUGACAACCGCUUAGACUGGCGUGACGACAGGGGUGUCAGCGGCGGCAGCAAUCGUCAUCGAGACGAUGGACGCCUCAACCGAGACCGCCACCGACGCGGCGAUGGCUACAGAUCGAGC